AUGACCGAAGAAACUACUUAUGAUGCUGUCAAUGAAAUGGCUUCAAAUGACGCCGCAUCAAUUAUUUCAUCCGCUUCUUCCGAAUAUGAUCCAGUAAAAGAAAUAGCACUUCAACUUGGUGUUGAAUACAUCGAGUAUCCAGAUUUUGAAGAUGUUAUUACUGUCAAGACAGGAAAAAACGUCCUUGUAAAACAAGCAAUAUGGAAAGAACAGUCUCGAAAGGUUGCCUUGAAAUAUAUUUUUGGUAAAGAUACGGAAGAACAACACAAAAAAUUAGAAGAUGAGAUAGUGCGCGCAUUACAAAACUUGGAUGAUGACAAUUUGUUGCAAUUAUAUGGAGUAAGCCAAG